GAAAACUCCAAAAAAAGAUAAAUAAAAUAAAAUGCUGGCCAAGAUGAGAAUGAGAAGUGUGUCCGUUGAAAAUUUGGGGGAUAUAGUAAAGCAUAUGAUCGAUGGUGUACUUGAAGAUAAUGAUCAAGCUGCCAAGCUACAUCAGGCAGUCUUGGAAGAAUAUUACCUGACAAAAAUCAAAGAAUUUAAGCAAGAAAAAACAGAAGUUAACAUCGACGAUGUCGAACAGGAAGUAGUUAGAAGGUCUUUAAGCAAGAAUACUGUCGACCAAUUUCUAUCUGAAGAUAAAAAUACAAAACCGUCAAAGUCACAAGUGUUAAUUUUUAGCUCUGAUACAAUCGCUGUGACAAAAUUCACAAAAUCCUCGCAAGAUCUGGAAUCGCAAAGUAUUGACUGUAAAUCUACAACAAAUAUUCCAAACAACAUUUCAACACAUAAAAUUGAAGAUGCAGGGCCCGAUGAUCUGACAAACGCUCCAGUGGUACAUAUUGUACAUAGGCCAAAGUAUCCUAAGCCUCUUCAGGCAGGAGCUUUGAACAAUACAGAUGUCUGUAGGUCAAGCGCCACAUCAUUCUUGAAAAAUCACAGCACUAGAAUAAAUAUUACACAGGUUAUGGAUGAAUCAACCUGCAGGCCUCCAACUGCUGAGAACAUCCAGGAAAGUCCGAAUAAUGUAUCCAGUAAUACAGAAAAAAAUAAAUGCCGGCACAGCUUCUCCGAAAAAGAAGCUUCAGUGAUAACAAGUCGAUCAGAAAAAGAGAGGGAAGUGCCAAUUGAAUUUAGAAACAAGGGAGAAAUAGCUUUCGAAAACUGGAAGAGAGAAAAAAACCGAUACUACCGUCACAUUUAUAGGGAAGAGCAAAAGAAAAAACGCUUAGAGCAAACUGCAAAGGCCACAGAAAUACAAAAAAAGGAAGCUGCGACUGAGGUAUUCAUUAUUCGUUAUGCAGAACUGCUGUGGAAGUUAGUCUUAUCGCUAAAGCUAAAUUUUUCUCCUCGAGAGGCGUUCUUGUUUUGGAGAAAACAGCAAGAUGCGCGACAGAUAUUAAAUAAUGCAAGAAAACGUAUAUUGGCACAAAUGGAAGCUCAAAAACUUCAAAACAAUGAAAAGCGCACCAUCAAUUCUCAGGCGUUUAAAGCAUGGAAAAAGCAGAAAGAUAUUAAAUUGAGAGAGAGAAAGAUGUACACAAUAGCAUACGAUCAACCGAUCUUCCCUAAACAGCAGGUAAAAUCCCACAAACCUAAAGCAGAUUUGAACGUUGCUUUCAACGUGUGGUUGGACCAGCUCGAUUGCGUGUUGCACCAGAAAUAUCUACGAGAGCGACGUUAUCUUGUGCGCUCUUGUUACUGCCAGCCUGCCUAUUUUGGAAGUGCAGUGUUGUCUGGCAGAUAAUGCAUUCAAACCUCAAGUACACGCUAAAUCAUCAUUAGGACUUCAGAAGCAUCUAAUUAUCGUGCUUUUCGUCUUCAUGUAAAUAACCCUUUGAAAUAAGUAAGUGGAGCGCCAGACGAUUUGUUAUGCAAGGCAAUUAUUAUAAUAAAACAUUUCCACUUUAUUUUCACUAAAA